UUUAAGAGAGAGAGAGAGAGAGAAAUUUUAGGCCUUCCUUCUUCGAAAAAAGGGAAGACAAAUUAGCUAGCCGGAGCUCAGAAAAAUGUCGAGACCAGAACUGCUAGCACCGCCGGAAAUUUUCUACAACGACGAUGAAGCUCGAAAAUAUACCUCUUCCUCUCGAAUUAUCGACAUACAGACACAACUUUCCGAAAGAGCAUUGGAGCUUCUUGCUUUGCCAGAUGAUGGCGUCCCAAGAUUACUUCUUGAUAUUGGUUGCGGAUCAGGUCUAAGUGGGGAGACACUCACUGAGCAUGGACACCAGUGGCUUGGUUUGGAUAUAUCAGAAUCAAUGCUUGAUAUUGCAUUGGAGCGUGAGGUUGAGGGUGAUCUGAUGCUAGGUGACAUGGGUCAGGGCUUAGGGCUUCGACCUGGUAUUCUGGAUGGUGCCAUCAGUAUCUCAGCGGUGCAGUGGUUGUGCAAUGCUGACAAAUCUUGUCAUGAACCUCGGAUAAGAUUGAAGGCUUUCUUUAGUUCCUUGUAUAGAUGUUUGGGAAGGGGAGCAAGAGCAGUACUCCAGAUCUAUCCUGAAAAUCUUGCUCAGAGAGAGCUGAUUCUGGGUUUUGCCAUGCGAGCUGGAUUUUCUGGAGGCAUAGUUGUUGACUACCCACACAGUUCUAAAAGGAGGAAGGAAUACUUAGUUCUCACUUGUGGUCCUGCAUCUCUCAGCACCACUACUCCCGAAGGAAAGGGUGAAGAUGGAGAGAGUUGUUCUGAUGAAGACAGUAGCGAGGAUGAAGAAAACCAGACAGUUUGCAUAUCUGACAGGCGCAGACCUAGAAAAAAGCAAAAGGUGAACAAGAAAGGCAAAGGGAGGGACUGGGUUCUGAGGAAGAAAGAACAGAUGAGGAAAAAGGGGAAUGCAGUUCCUGCAGAUAGCAAAUACACAGCACGUAAAAGAAAAGAUCGGUUUUGAUCCAUUAGUAAGAUAUAUUCGAGUUGAUUUAUAUGUUUUGAACAGAACUUCAGCUCAAGGAGCUAAAAUUAUUGCUUAUUGACCGAAAUGAGAAGCAAAAAUAUUCUGAUAAAGACGUUCCUCAGAUUGUUUAAAGAUUCUGGGACAGUUUUGUGAGACUUGAAUAUAAAAAUUUUCAGCUGAAUUCAAGAGUAAACAAGAA